AUGCCGAGGUGCCUGAUGGCGAAGAAGUGGAAGACAUACCCGUGGACGGAGGAGAGGCCGCUGGAUGAUGAGGACGAGGAAAUUGACGUGGUUGGAGACACGGCGGGUGACACCCAGAGCUGGGGCCCCGCGUCCCCGACGGCAGCGGCCACCGCUCCGAGCCCACCACCCCCGCACGUCACCGUUCCGGACAGAGUGCCGCUCAUAUAUAACGGGUACGCGGGGGAGCUGAGCCAGUACACAGCUUACCUACCGAGGGAAAGCCCACCAUGCUACGCCACCCUCCAACCAGCUCGCCCCAAGUCGCUGUCCAUGUGCUACACCUCGACGGGAGCUGCGCUAUCCCUGCCGCCGAAGAAGAAGGACAUCUACAGGCCGUACUCCCUCGACGACCGGCCCAGCUGGCGUCCCGCGGAGGAAGACCUCAGCGCGGCUCACGCCAUCCUAGACCUCAGUGCCUCUACACCCGCCCCCGUUGAGAAGCCACCCCCUUCCAAGACGGUUGCCUACACCUAUGAAGCUUUCUUUGUUAGUGACGGCCGCUCCAAGAAACGAACUGUCGAGGUGACCACAGAGUCUAAGCAAAGGUACACCUGCUCCGAGUGCGGCAAACAGUACGCGACCUCCUCUAAUCUGUCGAGGCACAAACAAACUCAUAGAAGCCUCGACUCCCAGUCGGCCAAGAAAUGCUUGACCUGCGGUAAAGCAUACGUUAGCAUGCCAGCCCUCGCUAUGCACCUUCUGACGCACAAGCUGUCACACGCUUGCGGAGUUUGCGGGAAGCUGUUCUCCAGGCCGUGGCUGCUCCAGGGACACCUCCGCUCGCACACCGGGGAGAAGCCGUACGGGUGCGCCCACUGCGGGAAGGCCUUUGCAGACCGGUCCAACCUGAGGGCACACAUGCAGACCCACUCGGUCGACAAGAACUACCAGUGCAACAGGUGCCACAAGACCUUCGCCCUCAAGUCCUACCUCAACAAGCACCUCGAGUCGGCCUGCAUCGAAGGUGAGAAAGUGCCCUAAUUGUCAUCGAAACAGCGGAAACUGCACCGUCCACACAACAAUAGUUCGUCCAUAUAUUUCUCUCUACUUCAUCUAAGAGGACAUUAUGUGCAUGUCACAUUAUUUAACUUACUAGUCACUCUAUUUUAGUCGCUUAUAUUCACUAUUUUACUGUACUUAUUUGGUAGCGGUGAUCUGACCUGAGUUUUGAAUUUAUAUUAUAGUUUAUAUUUUUAAGGUUUAUAAUAUCUUGGUUCUUUCCUUCAAAAUGUUUCGCAAGACAACGAAUCUUCAUGCAAUACUCGAAAUCUAGUCAUCGAAAAGUCUAGUCAUAUUUCAUUAGCUAGUCAAAGAUUUUAGGAUAAGAUUGUUCAUUUGAUUUAUUGUAUUCCCAUAUGAGCCUGGGGAUGAUUAUCCUCUAAAUAUAUUUUACUUUUACUUUUUGUUUAUAUUUUUCCAAAUCGGAAAUUUCUUCUUUCUUUUUUUUUAGCAUUUGAUGCGCACUCAUAGUGCCCGGCUAGCUCACCAAAGAUUAAGUUAGGGUUAUGAUAUUCUAGUCACAUAAAAUAUCUAGUCGUUUUUUCUAGUCAACAUUUUUCUGCACUGAUUUUUUUAUCUAAUCUAGUCACACGAAGCCUUCUAGUCAUGAGCCUAGUCCGACAGCUUAAGUUAGUAAUUAUUGAAUCUAGUCAUUAGUUUUAAAGAUCUCAUUAGUAUUCAUACAAUGAAUCUCCAGACUUCGAGAACAUUCUCAUUAGUUUGUAGGCGCGGUAUUAAAAACACCACUUAGUUCGUAAGUGACUUUCUAGUCAGGGAUGAGUAAGUCUAGUCAAACCUAGUCAUCUAAGCGAUAUUGGCAAAAACCACAUAUUGCAUGUACAUAUAUACAUAAAUAUAUAUAAACUAAAGUUUAAGGAAAUCGUGUGCAAUAUAAAUACUACUAGUCUUGUAAAUAUAUAAAUAUUUAUUAUAAUUUAUUUCAUGUAUUUAAUUAUUAUUUAUUCUUUUAUUUAUGAUCCCUACGUCAGGUGGUUGGCUUUUUGUGUCGUGUCGUACUCUACUUUUUCUGUCCUUUCUCGUUUCGCAAAGAGCUGAGCUCCGUCUUAAGGACGUUGUGUACUAUGCUUUUCUCAUCUUUUUUCUAACCUCUUCAUUCUCUUGUCUCGUCCACUAUUCUAUCUGAUCGUGCCUUCUUGUCUUUAUCUGUCUGUGUGUGAUAUUCUUGUUAAGAUGUAGAAGUAGCUGUGUUGUGUCUUGUAAAAUCGGUCUUCUUUUUUUCCUCAACCUAAUUGACUCUUUCAUCUUCUAGACUCAGUGUGUCUUCUAGCAGCCCACUCCACUUUCGCUUCGAAGCUUUCCUUUUCCGUGUUGAUUGUUUAACCGUCCUGACAGGGAAUGAUAAAAACGAGUGAUAUCUAGUCAAAAUAUUACCGUGGUAAUAAAGUCAUAAAUGGUUCCCACUUUCCACGCUAUAUUGUACAUAGGUACCUAAUAAUAUUUCUAAUGAUCUCUUAAUCUAAGUCAGUAUUUUAAGUAAUAGAUUAUUUAUAGCUUAAGUGAAAAUAUUAUUUAUAUGAUGUCUGAUAUGGGGUAUGGCCAGUUUUCCUUUAUUUUUGGAAAAUUAGUUAUUUCCUUCCGAACUCUAGUCAUUAUUUUACUUAUUUCUUAAGAUUUAAAAUUAGUAUUCUCCGCGGCAUUGUACUUAAAUGUUUUAGGGUUUUAUUUGCUGAAAAUAGGAUCCAUGGUAAUUAUAGUUUUCUUCUAGCUCUUCUAUUCAAAGUAAGCAAUAAUUUGUCAUAUCUUAAAAUUAGGAGACUGUUAACAGGUGAUAAAUGGGUGUAUGAAUGGAAAUUUUAUUUUAUAUUUUAUGAUAAGUGUUUACGUCAAACGUUCGAUGGCAAUAAUUGAGAGGGGGCAUUCCGCCUAGCGUAAUCAACGAAUUGCGAAAACGAAAUCAAUAAAGCAAUAUUAACAACGAACUUAGUUCUAUAUGACCUUACGAUACUCAGAGCAAUAUUGGAUGCCCUUUCCGAGCCUAUAGUAUUCCAAAGCAAUAAUAAAUGUAGCCUAGUUUGUAAGUGGGGCAGGGUUUGGAUCAAACCCUGAUACUCCGCCUAGAUAUUAAGACUAAGAAUAAGAAAAUUUGGACAACAUUUAUAAAUAGUAUUAGUCAAGUAAGCCUUAGCUAAUAUAAACUAUAUCUAAGUCAUUUUAGUUGAAACUCAGGUCAUUUCACUGCUAUUGCACUACUUCAUAAGAUCUUAGAAUUAAUUUUUUAUUGUAUUUAAUUUAAUUUUUUUUUAGUAAAGUUUAUUUACAGUAUUACUGUUUUUUUUAAUUGUAAAUUUAGUAAUUAUUACAAAAAUAUUUAUAGCUACUUAAGUACAUGAUUGGCAUGCAUAUAACUAUGUCAUUAAAGCUUAAUACAGGAGUGAGCUGGUGGAGUUGUAUUAUAUUUGUUAAGGAAAUAUUUAAUGAUUAUUUAUUGUAUGUAUUAGGAUUGCAUAUAGUCUUUGAAUUUGGUACAUAUUCGUAGUUUAAUUUUUUUUCUCUCUAUUUUUUAAAAAUUAUUUUCUCUUAUUGAAUUUAUGUUAUUUACAACACUACUUUUGUAUAUUAAGUUAUGGAAUACGUUCAAACAUUGUUGAUUUAGAUAUUGUAAUAAUUGUACAUUUUUGUCACAUGAUCAUGUAUGUGUAUGUGUAUACUAGUCUUGGUUUUUUUCCUAAUUUUGAAUUUAUUUAUAUUAUAUUUAUUGACAAUUGAUAUUUUAUUAUAUUUAUUUAAAAAGCAAAUAGGCUCGCAAGCCGCAUAGGACUCCAAAAUUACAGCAACGAGCAAUUGUUUAGAGUGUGCUCAAAAUUUAGAGUACUCAUUAGGUUAUGGUUAGAAAUCAUUUUGUAUACUAUAUACUCUUCCCUAUAUACCAGAACUAUAUAUAUAUAAAUAUAAAUAAAAAAAUUAUAUAAAACAUCAACGAAUAACAACUAGGAACAUAGCAUAACAAUUUAGCUGGGCAGUAGCAACUAUGUAAUAAAAAAAACAAAAAAAAAAAACAUUCAAGAGCACUGUAUUGUUGAAGAAAAUUCACAUGGCACUGAAUAAAAAAAUUCACAUUCUAACCGAAAAAAAAAUAGUAAAAAGCAAUUUUUGUAACAUAUUAUUAUAUUUUCGUAAUAAAUAGUAAUUGAAAUUGAGCCCAAUACAAAACAAUGUUUUAUUUUUAUACCUCGUUCCUCUCUCGGUGUUUUGUCGACCUGGUUUCAUUGUGUCUUAACCAUAGCGGGUGUUCUGACAAAACCUUUACUCAUCCUUUCUACCUGUCAUCUUCUUUUAUAUUAUGUUCUCAUAGUUGUAUUUGUAAUUUAUUUUGUUCAGUUGUAAUAUAUUCAUGCUAAAUAACUCUUUGGUUCCUAUGAUAUUGAAAUUUAUUUAUGUAAAUAAAAUAUUUAAAAUAUAUUAUGAAACGUUUAAGUUUUAAAACAACCCUUGUCCUUUGAUUCCGAAUAUGAAUAUCUGUUUUCCCUAAAGACUACUUUAAUUAAAGUAUGUUUGAAAAAGAAGAGUAUUAUUUUUCUCUGAUAUGUAUUCUGAGGGAUAA